AUGCCGGAGACCGGGCAGGAGCCGCCCAGCGCCCCGCCGCCGCCCCCCAAGGAGUCCUUCUACAUCAAGAACCUGCUCAACGGCGGCCCCCAGGCAACCCCCAAGCAGCCGCGGGCGCUGUUCGCCCCCUCGGGCAAGGCGGCGGUGGACGGCGCCGGCUUCGCCCUCUCGCAGGUGGGCGACCUCGCCUUCCCCCGCUUCGAGAUCCCGGCGCCGCGCUUCGCCCUGAGCGCCCACUGCCUGGAGCGCGCCCAGACCUGGUGGUACCCCUACGCCCUGACGCCGGCCGGAGCCCACCUGCCCCGCACGGAAGCCGCGGAGAAAUCCCUGCUGAGGGACUCGUCCCCCGCCUCGGGCACCGACCGGGACUCCCCGGAGCCGCUGCUGAAGGCGGAGGGGGAGCAGAAGGAGCUGGACUCCAAGAGCCCCGACGAGAUCGUCCUGGAGGAGAGCGACUCGGAGGAGGCGAAGAAGGAGGGAGGCGCGGAGGACUGGAAGAAGCGGGAGGAGAGCCCGGAGAAGAAACCCUGCCGCAAGAAGAAGACGCGCACGGUGUUCAGCCGCAGCCAGGUCUUCCAGCUGGAGUCCACCUUCGACAUGAAGCGCUACCUGAGCAGCUCGGAGCGGGCCGGCCUGGCCGCCUCCCUGCACCUGACAGAGACCCAGGUGAAGAUUUGGUUCCAAAAUCGCCGCAACAAGUGGAAGAGGCAGCUGGCGGCCGAGCUGGAGGCGGCCAACCUCAGCCACGCCGCCGCGCAGCGCAUCGUCCGCGUCCCCAUCCUCUACCACGAGAACUCGGGCGCGGAGGGGGGCGCGGGGGGCGGCGGAGCCCCCGGCACCCAGCCCCUGCUCACCUUCCCUCACCCCGUCUACUAUUCCCACCCCGUGGUCACCUCCGUGCCGCUCCUGCGGCCCGUCUGA